UACAGGCUACAUUUUUGUGAGAAACGAUACCCCGUUUCUUGGAACCCAAUAUCAUAAGUAUGUCUAUAGGGAAUUUACAGAUAGCACUUUCACUACGCAGAAGAGCCGAAGUUUUGAUGAAUUGCAUCUAGGUUUAUUAGGACCAAUGAUACGAGGGGCAGUUGGAGAUACUAUUGAAAUAGUUCUUCAUAAUUUUGUCAAUGUUUCUCUCAAUAUUGUCCCGAAACAACUCGUUUUCGAAGACGGGACUCCAAUAACAAAUGCUCCUUCAACUGAUCAAGAUCAAACACGCACUUAUCGUUAUUUCAUACCUGAAAGGUCCGGCCCAUCUCCCGACCAGCCUAAUUGCAUAGGCACAUUAUAUACCUCAAGAACAAAUCCUUUAAAUGAUGCUUACAGUGGGCUUCUGGGAACAAUGAUAAUUUGCAAACGUGGCAAGCUUGAUGUUGCAGGGAAUAGGAAAGACAAUGUAGUGAAGGAGUUUGCAUCUGCCUUCGUGAUUUGGGAUGAAAACUUAAGUCAUCUCCGGGAUGAAAAUUUUGUAGGCGUCACAGAUGCACAAGCAAGUGAUGGAGAUUUCAUUGAAAGCAACCUCUUCCAUUCUAUUAACGGCUAUAUUUAUGGAAAUCAACCUCUUAUUGAGUUCUGCGUGAAUCAAAAUAUUGCUUGGUACCUUUUUGGCGUAGGGUCGGUAGAAGACGUUCAUACUGUUCACUUUCAUGGACAGCUUUACGUUCGUAGAACAAUAGUCACUCAAAGAAGAGAUGUGGCGGAAGUCUUCCCUGAAGUUGCUGCAACUAUUGAAAUGACUGGAUACAAUCCUGGCAUUUGGCUAUAUCACUGUCAUUUAGCCGCCCAUGCUGAUGAGGGGAUGGAGUCCGCAUACAGCGUCUGUCCGGCAGAUGCAAAACGUCGCAGGUCCAGUAUGGGCGCACUUAAGCACUUGGACAAGAGAGCUUCGGAUAAGCAAUAACGACUUAAUUGACGGAGAUAUUGUUGUUGAAGAGGAAAUUUUGGAUGGGAAUUUGAUGAUGAUUUCCAGUCAGUCAUAUAUUUGCUAUCAACCUUUUUUCUUUCUUUUAAAACUCUACUUUUAUGUUAAUUAAACCAACUCUCACGUACCUUACGCGGGAAGCGCACUUACUGUAUAAUAUAUAAAAAUAUGUUAUGUAAAAUCAGUUGAUGUAUCUCACAUUUUACUUUGGUGGUUAUGUCCCUUUGAUCGCCUUACUCUUGUCUAGCUCUUAAUUUAUGCAUUUUUAUAACAUACGUUGUUAGAUGGAUGUUUACUUUAUGUAUGUUUCGUUUAGUUUGGCCGUGAUGCACCAUAUACAGCUUAUGACGUAUGAAGCGAACGCAUAACAGUAAAAGAUACCAAAUUACAUGGUUAUAAUAUACGUUGAUUGAAAACGUACAUGUAUAUACAGCUCACGGUCAGCUGUAUUCGUUAGUUGACAAUGUAUACAGUUUACGUAUACUGUAUACAUUGCAUAUGUUUAGGUCAGUAGAUCAAAGAUUUAAUGUUAAGGUCAGUUGAUCAAAGAUUUAAGUUCACUUUAACCAUAGCAAACAAUCUAUGGCUGCAGUCUUCAUAUAUUAAAGCUUGAAGGUUUGGUCAGGGAGGUUAGUGAUGAUCAGAAAAUUACCCUUAGUGUUUUUGUUGUUGUAAAAGUCACGGUUGUGACCGGACUCUUAGUCGUAGAAGCCCCUGUCGACGUUGGAGUCGUAGGCUUACUACAAGUCGAAGAAGUCGUAUUCUUAGUCGAAGUCGUCGUCUAAUAUAACAAAUUGUAGUUGUAAAAGUCGUUGUUGACUUAGUCAAAGACGUGAGUGAAGUCGUCGGCAUAGUUUGAUAAGUCA